AUGGCAUCAUGUUCUGAUUUAACAAAUCUUUCAUCAAUAAAUAAUUGUCGACCUAUAAUCAAGGCUCCUCCAGUUCCACUAUUGACAAGUAAAAAAUUUGUUGAACCAUUUAAUCGUUUGAAGAAUCGUGCAAAUUUAUUUCGUCGAAGAAAUUAUUCAUCACAUUUAGAUAUUAGUAAUCCUCGUUCAUUAUUACCUGCUGAGCAUUUUAUUACUUCUCAUCGAAUACUUGCAACAGAUAAUAGUAAUAAUAAUAAUAAUAACAUUAUUCUUAAACGAUCAAAUUCAAUGAUAUGUCCCCAACAACGUUUACAAACAUUAUUAAAAAAUAAUAAUAUUCGUAAUUCAAUUUGUGUUGAAGUGGCUGGUUGUCCAACAGAUGAAAGUUCAACAGAUGAUUAUAAUUUUAUAAAAACAUCAUCAAAUCGUUAUUUUGGAAAGAAAAAUUAUUCCAAAAUGAGUCAUAUUAAUGAACAGGAUACAUUCUCAUCAAGAGAAUCACUUAACGAGAAAACUAUUGAAGAAGGCAAGAAAAAAUAA